ACUGGUUAGUUCGCAAGAAGAAUGACAAGAUGUUUGAAGAGCGAAUUCAAAGGAUGGUCACAGAGAAUGAAAAACUAAAACGCAAGCUUAGGGAGAAAGAAAAAAACAAACCUGCAAGAGAAAAUAAUAAUCUAUCCAAUGAUAGCAGUUCAGAUGCUAGUGAUGGUGAAACUGAUAAAAAGAAACCAAAGAAAAAACAUGAUAAUGUUAACUCGUGA